AGAGUGGAACUUCAUUCGAUCGUGGAAGGUUGGAGAAAAAUUCAAGUGUAAUAAAUUUCGAAGCACUUCGAACAAAACCACACACACAAAAAAAUGAGUCAAAAGAAUAAAGGCCCCGGUCCAGCGGCAUACGGACUGCCAACGGAAGUCGGAUACAAUCUGCACGAUCCGCGGAAGGAACGAAAACCGAUGUUCACGAUGCGACCGGCGUUUAAAACCAAGUACGAAACGAUCGGUCCCGGUCCGGCUACCUACGAUCUCAAGAAGCAAACACGUGUCGGUGGUCCGCGUGAUCCUAAGUAUUCACUGGCGGCCAGAAUCGAUCCACUGAAGCAGGACCAUAUUCCCGGACCGGGGGCACACAACAAUCAUCUCGUGCCGACUAUGAAAUGUAAACGGGCGCCUCAGUUCAGCUUUGGACAGCGUAUCGAUGUGCCGAACAAGGAGAUUAUACCGGCACCGAACCGAUACGAUGGGCUCAUCUGUAUGACCCGCACAAAGGCACCGUGCUUUUCGAUGGGAAUCAAAACGAAAGAGAUCCACGGAUUAGAAGGUCCCGGACCGGCUGGAUACGGUCCUACGUCACGCGAUGUCACCCAUAGACGGGCCCCUAGCUUUGCGUUGCGGCAGGGACACAAGUGUCCGGUUAGUCGAUUGCCUCAUCCAGGCCCAAAUCACUAUCCGCUAAUGAAUCUGCGCGUUGGUGCCACCGCCCCGAGCUUCAGCUUUGGUGUGAAAUAUCCAGAAUGGAAGGAUCCAAUGAUUAUCCCCGGUGACAACUGUUAGACGCGACUGUUCUAGAUGGCCAAAUAAAAACAUUAUAAUCAGUAACGGUUUUAUGACACAAAAAAGCCUUAAAACUCAUUGAAUAAUUAAUCUAAAUAAAAGCUUUAUCUUAACCCGAAUGAGCCGAC